AUGGCCUCCCACCGCAUCGGCGCCCGCCUCUCGGGCCUCUCGCCAGAGCAGCUCGUCGCCUUCAUCGACGAGCAGGCGCCUCUCUGGAGCGCCGCCGCAGUGCGCGUGGCGGAGGAGCACGCCGCUCGGCUCGUGGAGCAGCCCGAGUGGGUGCUCUCCGAGGUCCUCCUCUCGCCGGACCUCGCCCCGCACAUCCUCGCCCAGCUGCCGACCACGGAGCACGCCGUCAAGGGGACCGGUAAGUCGCGCCGUCGCCAUUCGGUCUCCGCGCCUGCUUCAAAGCCGCUCGACCUCUCUCGCCUCGAGGCUGCGCUCUCGCAGUCGGUCGACGGCAGCCUGUCCGUCGCCACGCUGGCCGCCGCCACCGCCACCGGACGGCACGAGCUGCUGGCGCUCGUGCAGAACCACCCCGCGCGCCUCUCGGUUGGGCCCUCGGUGGGCGGAGACCUCUCGAUCCGGCUCCGCGGCUGCGGCGUCGUUCCGGCGGCGCUGCGCCAGCCACUCGCCGCGCGAGUCCCGCUCGGCGGGGAGGGCGACCAGGCUACGCGCGAGGGCGACGAGGCGCUGAUCCGCAAGGCUGCCAAGGUGCUCAAGAACCCUCGCGUCGCCGGCACCGCCGUCGAGGAGCGGCUUGGAUUCCUCCGCUCCAAGGGGCUCUCCGAGGCGCAGAUCGCGGCCGCACUCGAGCGGGCCGGCCUGGCCGAGCCGCGGCAGCAGCCCCACCCGCCUCGGCUCGGCGGGGGAGCCUCCUGCGCCGCGAAGCGACCCACCUCUGGAGCGGCCGAGGCGGCGGCCGAGGCUGCAGCAGAGCUCUGCAGAGGCAUCUCCGGGCUGCCCGUCGGCGACGAGGGCCUAGCGCCGGAGGGGGCGAGGGCGGUGGGCGCGGCUGCGGCCGCUGCCGCCAGUGAGAGCGAGGCGACACGGGCGGCAGCCGAAGAGGAGACGGCCGAGCAGGCCGCCGAGCAGGCGGCCGCGGACAUGGCGUUGGCGCGGAACGCGACGCGCGGCGCCGGCAGCGACGGCGGGCCAAGCCACGGACCCGGAGACGGGCCGCUGCUCUCUGCUCUCCGCGCCGUCUCCACCGCCUUCUUCACGGCCUCGGCCCUCUCGGCCCUCCUCCCUCUGCUGGGCUCUCUGCUUGCCGGCGCCGCCGCUGCGAGCGGCCGGCGCCCCGACGCGGACGGCGGAACGGCGAAAGGCGGCGGGGCGAAAGGCGGCGGGGCGAAAGGCGGCGGGGCGGGCCUCGCCACGGACCGCUGGACGCCCGAAGGUCCCUCGAGCCUCUGUUGGUCUAUUGCACGCACUGAUCGGAUGAAACUCCGAAGGCUUAUAUGUGAUGGCUAUCUUAUUCCGGGGCUGCAGCAGAGGCUCCGUGGGGUCGAAAAGUCGACGCUGGGAGUCGCACUCGUCAAGCCAUCGCAGCACCACGCGGAGCGGUUUUUGGAGCCGUACGAAGAGGUCCCAGACGGGCGAACAUGCGGUUUUUCGAUGACCACGCGCGAUGUGGUAUCUGCUUUUUGCUAA